GGCUAUCGGUGUGUCACGAAUAGAUGAUCAUUCUGGAACGUUGACAACCUGAUAUCAAAUGAUGAUGCAGGAGACAUUACCGAGCGGCACCCAAACCUUGUGUGGGCCCUCGGAUAUUGUGAUUGGAAUGCUAUUUGUCAAUACCCAUCCUCUUCUCACGAUUCUCCGCGUUGUUGGGUUUGGGCCAUCAAGGGUACGAUGCAACGUAUCAGUAUUUAUAACGUUUUCAGGUGGAAUUGCUGCGUGGUUGCAAGGGUGGUUAUUUGGCCCCGCUGUGCCAAAGGGCAACGGGUCCGCGAUGCUUCAGCGCCUCGCCAUGAUGGGAAAAGCGCGGCUGUAGAACUGGUGUGAGGUUCCGUGGAUAUUUGGUUUAUUAUUGAUUGAAACCCUCGCGGCCUGUUGUAUUUGUACAAAUAUUACUUGUACAUCGCACAUGAUUUUUGACG